AUGCGCUCGCAGAACAUCGUGCCCUGCACCGUGUCGCAGCUGCUGGCAGCCGAGCAGGUCGACGAGACCUUCCGCAUCCACGACGUGGAGAUCUCCCAGGUCACCAUCAUGGGCAUAAUUCGGCACGCCGAGAAAGCACCGACCAACAUUCUCUACAAAGUGGAUGACAUGACGGCGGCCCCGAUGGAUGUCAGGCAGUGGGUCGAUACUGAUGAGGCAGGUGGCGAGAAUGUUGUGGUACCUCCGGGAACUUAUGUGGAAGUAGCUGGUCAUCUUCGAUCUUUCCAGAAUAAGAAAAGCUUGGUGGCAUUUAAGAUCAUGCCUCUGGAAAACAUGAAUGAGUUCACCACACACAUACUAGAGAUUGUCAAUGCGCAUAUGAUCCUCAGAAAAAAUCUUAUGCCUUCAGCAUCAAGAGUGCCCCAGUCGUUUUCCUCCACUGGGAUUGGUGACAUGGGGGACUAUGGAAGAGGGAGCAGCCUGCCAGUGAAUGGACUCUCAGUGCAUCAGAGUCAGGUGCUGAACUUGAUCAAAAACUGCCCUGUCCCAGAAGGUAUGAGUCUCCAAGAGCUGAAACUUCAGCUCCACAAUAUGAGCAUGUCAACAAUCAAGCAAGCUGUUGAGUUCCUUAGCAGUGAGGGACACAUCUACUCCACUGUGGACGACGAUCACUAUAAGUCAACGGAUGCUGAGUGA